AUGGCAAAGCCUCUCACAGGGAGUGAAGCCAUGAGCUUGAGAUUCAAUCAGGUAUUGCUCAUGUGCCUCAUUCUUCCAUUUAUUGCCUUAGGCAAUGGAGCAGAUUUGCCCAUGGUCCAGCCAAAACAAAAUGUUUGGGAAGCUUUGGCCAAUGCAGCAGGUUUAGACAGCGUCUGCUUGACAGAUUCAAGGCCAGGGAGACCAUUCUCAACAUGCUUGGUGGGCUUGCAGAGGGAGAUGUCCAUCCUCCUGAACUUAUACCAGACCCUGGCAGACGCCCAGGUGCUUAGCAGACAGACAACUGUCCCCCUGGAAGAGUUACCUUGGGCAGAGCUUUGUGCGCUCUUGCAUGAGAAUAUUGAAGCCCUGGUCUCGAACUUCCACAAGGCGAACCAGAGGAUAUCUCACCUAGAAUAUAUUUGCAAGCACAAGACUGACACUAUGAACAACCUUCUGCAGAACCAGGAGGAUGCUUUGGAGAAAAUGUCUGAACAGUUAAAAGCACAGGAACACUGGUGGCAGAAAGAAAAGCAAUAUCUUGAACAGCAGUACUCGAACGUCCUUGCAGAAGCUCAUGCAAGAUCACAGGAAUGUGAAGAAACGGCGCAGAAAAACAGGCAAAAACUCUAUGGCCUUGAACAACUCUCCGACAAACUGGCCCAGGAGAACAAUUCCUUGAAAAAUUCGUUAUUAGAUGCUUUCAAGGCCCGCUCAUCCCUGCUGGCAGCCUGUGCACUGCUGUCAGGGGCCCUGUGCUCUCUCUACGGCCGACUGUGCGCCAUGUCUUGCCAAAGGGACGUUCUCCAGGAACAGGUGAACCAGCACCAACUAUUGAACCACAAGAUCGUCAGCCUCAUUUAUGCUCUCCCUGCUGUCAUGGAAAGAAACCAGGACGAAGGCAGGAUGAGGCAGAGAAGAGCCAAGAGCCUGGUUUAUGUGUUCCGAAGAGCUGUGAUUGCAGUUCUGGCUGCUACCAGGCUGAGGGCUCUGGCCCGAUAUUCUUGUACCUUUUUCGUCUGGACAGAUGGAUGCAGAGGAAGCACUGGAAUUCAAGUUUGUCUGGGAGAAUCCAGAGGCAGGCAUCCUGUGACACGUUUUGGAGAGGAAGGAGUUGACUGUAUUGAAGCAGUUAACUGGUUGUGUAGCUCUAACCUCUAUACUGCAAUGAUCAGUUCCAUCUCAGAACUGGAGGGUGUUCUCAGCAACCAAGAUUCAGAGCUCUGGCUUUCUAGUAACUCGCUGAUCGGCACAGCCAGGAACUGCUUUACAAAACUGAUGGACAACCUGAGCGUUCUGAUGGAGACGGUUCAAGGGAACGCUCGUGGCUGCAGAGCCUACCUGGAGAGGGACUCGCUGAUAGAGAGGCUGGCUCGUGGGCUCCGCAGACUGAACGCCCAGGCCCUGGAAGCUGCAUUGUAUGACAGACUGCCCAGCACAAGAAACAUAGCAACUUUGCAGCAAGAAAUAUUUGAAUUUUCACGAAGGCUUCAUGCAGCAGAGGUAGAGUCCCGCUCACUGCACCUGCAGCUUGCAGAAUGCAGAUGGGCUUUCAACAAGAUGCGAAAAGACGCUGAAAAAACCCACAGACUGCAGACCCAAUUAAGUGAAGUUCAGCAAAAAAUCAACCAAGACAAUGUACAGGAGGAGUUACAAAAUGCUUUGCAGCGUGAGCAUGAGGCACAAUUGCUUUUACAAGAACACCAGCAAUGGAUUCAGGAGCUGAGUAAUAGACUGGAAUCGCAAGCAUUUACUGAGCUAAGUAAAAGCCAAGUAUCUCCGACGGGCCUCCCUGAUGCAGCGGAGGAGCUGAUGAAAAGAGACCAAGUUCUGGAUGAACAGAAGAAACUCCUGAAAGACAUGGAGCAGGACCAGAAGCGGCUGUGGGAGACUCUCGAGGAGGCAGAACGUGCCCUCCAACAGGGAAUAAAAGACAAAGAGUUGAUCAUUAGUCAAAUGAAAGCUGUGGAAGCUGCCCUGAAUGAGGCCAAAGAGCAGGCUGUGGCAUCAGGUGCUGAAGCAGCUGCGCCACUCCCCAGCCUGCAGAUGCAGACCCUUCCAGAGGAAGCAACGGUGGGCAGGCCAGAGGCUGCAUCACUCCAGAGGUCACCUAAUGGAUUUGAGUUUUACUCCAUGCCAAACUGUAUUAAGGGCAGUCCUGCAAUCUUGAGUGAGAAUGUGCUUAAAAAUUUUGAGGAUCUCUACUCACUGGCGGCUUCCAAAAUUGACGUGUUAAGAGCAGGAAGAGACUCGUCAGGCUCUAACUAUGGAUCCUUAUCAGCUGUUGAGAGUCUUACUCUUUCUGCUGAGGAAUCCCCGCAAGUUCACUUUGCACCUGGACCAUCUACUUCAUCUCCUAUUCCUAUUACUCCUCCUGCUCCUGCAG